AUAAAGUUUCACCGUUAACCUUUGACCCCAAGAUGUCUGCCUACAUACCGCUCUCUGUGAAGAUGUCACCGUCAGCCUUGGCGGGCAUAAAGUUUGUUUUAACGGAGCAUUGUUCUUCUAGAAAGUUCCUAAAAUCUCUGAAAGAGCUGAGCAGGCGAGGUUACGCGGUGACAGCAGGUCAGACGGCGGCGAGCACCGUGGAAGAUGAGGGCGGUGUGAGCGGCGGUGGGUUCAGCGGACCUUUGGAUCACUACAACGGGCUGAUCCGAGCCGGGAGCCUGCGGGAAGACGAGCACCAGAGAGCGGUGCUUCAGACGCUGGACGAGCUGCGCAGAACGCUGAGAGGAUACACCAACAGACCCACAUCCAUCUUCUCAAGGUUUUUAACUAAACCAAAGCCUCCAAAAGGCUGCUACAUCUACGGCGACGUUGGCACGGGGAAAACUAUGGUGAUGGACAUGUUUUAUUCAUAUGUGGAAACGGAGAGGAAAAAGAGGGUUCACUUCCAUGGGUUUAUGUUGGAUGUGCAUAAACGGAUCCAUCGGUUGAAACAGAGCAUGCCCAAAAGGAAAGCAGGAAAAAUGGCCAAAUCUUAUGACCCCAUCGCUCCAGUUGCAGAAGAGAUCAGCGAGGAGGCUUGUCUGCUGUGCUUUGAUGAGUUUCAGGUGACGGAUAUAGCAGACGCCAUGAUUCUAAAGCAGCUUUUUGAAAACCUGUUUCUGAACGGCGUUGUUGUCGUGGCAACAUCAAACCGUCAGCCUGAAGAUUUGUAUAAAAACGGACUGCAGAGAGUCAACUUUGUGCCUUUUAUCGCGGUGUUGCAGAAAUAUUGCCAAACUCUUCGUCUUGAUUCAGGGAUCGACUAUCGCAAAAGGAACAGACCUUCUGCUGGGAAACUCUACUUUCUCUCCAGUGAGCCUGAUGCAGAGGCAACGUUGGACAAGAUGUUUGACGAGCUGGCUUUUAAACAGAACGACAUUACCCGACCGCGGGUUUUAAAUGUUCACAACAGGAAAGUCCGUCUGAACAAAGCGUGCGGGACGAUCGCAGAUUGUACGUUCGAGGAGCUGUGUGACAGGCCGUUGGGGGCCAGCGACUACCUGGAAAUAUCCCGGCUGUUUGACACCGUCUUUAUUCGGAACAUUCCUCUCCUGACGCUCAACAAAAAAACUCAAGCCAGGCGUCUCAUAACGCUGGUAGACGCCCUCUACGAGCACAAGGUACGGGUGGUAAUACUUGCAGAACACCCGCUGGAGGAUAUUUUUGUUAAUGACGGUGAUCACAGUCAUGACGAGAGCCACAUUAUGAUGGAUGACCUGGGGCUGAAACGGGAAGAGGCCAGCAGUCUGUCCAUCUUCAGCGGGGAAGAAGAGAGGUUUGCCUUUCAAAGGACCAUUUCUCGUCUCACAGAGAUGCAGACAGAAGAUUAUUGGCUGGAGGGGGACCGAAGCUUAAAAGCAAAAGCGUAACAAUUGGGAGAAAAUAAGCCAUGUGUGCCACUCUAUGAACUACAGUCAUGCCAAAAACACUCUAAACUGCUCCAUCCCACUAAUCCAGCACACAAACAAAAAAAGACUCACAAGAACUGAAUUUGUAUGUUUGUACAUACUAUAUUUAUUAGUAUAAUUUAAAUGCAGAUUUGCACUAUAAGGAUCAUUUUAAGAUGAAUUUUUGAGUUUAAUAUCCCUUUUAAUCCAGUUGUCAUGUAAUGACCCCCUUUUUUUUAUAGGUGAAUUCUAGAACUACAAUCCAGGGCUUUACGGGCGGUUAAUGGGCUUCAGUCUGUUUUACUUUUGGUACUUUGAGGAUUUUCUUUCUGCCUAAAUUGUUUUAAUUAUUAAUUAAUGUAAAUAUGGAAACAGGACUUACUUUUUGUGAUGAGAGAUGAUUUUUCUUGAGAAAUGUUUGAUGAAUUGAUCUAUUCUGACUGCGUUGAUGAGCUGUUGGAUUGUUUUAAAGAAAAAUAAUAUAAAUAUAUAUCUGUUAUGAUCUGUU